AUGGAUGGUAAGGUGAAAAAGCUUAUGGAGGAGGCUGUGAUUCGUAGUUAUGUACAUGAAGAUAGUGAAACAGUCACAAAAUUCUGUUCAUCAGUUGAAGCUGUCCUCUUUUACGGUCUUCGUCGAAGUAUAUUCACAUGGAUUGAAGAAGAGACAACAUUUGUAUUAUGUCAAAAAAUAGCAAAACAAUGCCCUGAAGCUCAACAAACACUAGAUCGUUUAGAUUAUUAUAAACAGUCUAUUUUAAAACGACGUAAUGAUCAUCGAUUGAGAAGAAAUAUAUCACCGAUUCGUAUAAAAAGUACAUCAUCAAAUUCACUGACAUCAAGUGAAAAAUCAUCAUCAUCACCAGUGAAUUUUACAUUUUGGUCGAAUGAUAAUAAUAAUAACAAUAAUAAUAAUAGCAGCCAUAAUCAUAAUAUUAGUAAUUACAAUAACAAUACACUGAUUAAUGGUCGUCGAGAUACUCUAUUUCAAAAUUUUUGGAUUCGUGUUGCUCUACUGGAAAAAGUUUUAGACAAAAUUGUAUAUUUUUUAACAAUAAAUUCAUCACAGUAUUAUGAACAGUAUUCCCUUAUGGCUGAUCCAUGUGAUGGACAACUGAUUAGUGAUUUGUUACGCGGUCCAUGCACAAUUGAUUAUUCACGUACACGAACAACAGAUCAUUUAUUCACUGAUCCCCCAGUCUCAGAAUUAAUACAACGUCAUGGUAUUUAUGGUGGUUUAAUGUCAAGGCAAUUGAGUUAUGUUCCACCUGUAAGUCAACAGUUAUUAGAAGAAAAAAUACAAGAAAAUGAUGAUGAAAAUGAGGAUGGUGAUGAUGAUGAUGUAAUGAAGAUAAUGAUGGUGGUGAUAAAAUCAUUGAACAAUGAACAUAAUGAUGGUUCAACUGAAAAGAUUAAAGGAAGAUGUAAAUAUAUUAAUAUUCCAGCUAUAACAAUGAAUCCUGUGGAGGAAGAAAAAGAAGAAGAUAAUGAUGAUGGUAAAGAUGAAUUGGAUAAUGAAGAUUCAGGUCUGCCUAUUGAUAGUAUAAUUAAUCAUAAUCGAAAACGAUAUAACACUCGUAAAGUUGAUUUAAAUAUUAACAAUCCAAGUGUACUGAAUCAAACUUCUUGGAUGACUAAACGAUCUAGUUCUCCACUUAUUAGUGUGAAUGAUCUACUUAUGAGUCGAGGAUCACGAACUGGUUCAUGUGCAUUUCUACCACAAAUUAAUGAAUACAAUUCAACUAAAACAAAUCGUAAUCAAAAAUCAACUAAAGAUAUAGCAAUGGCAGCUAAAGAUCAUGUAGAAUCAAUGCAUCAAAAUUUAAAAAGUAGAUUAUUAUAUGGAAAGAAUAAUGUAUUAAUGCAACCACCUAAUUCACCUGAUCCAAUUCCUGGAUACUUAUCAUUGAUUGACGGUGAAUCGGGUAAAUUGAUUGUACUCAAAUGGACACCAAAUUCAGCUGUAACAAAUCAACAGAAUUUAUCAUUAUCAAUCAAUAAUAUCAAUACUGUUGGUAGUAAUACUUGUGGUAGCAGUAAUAAUAAUAUUUAUUCAUCUAUGGAUUCAUUGGUUGAUUCAAGAAUGGAUAUUGAUAGUAUUGGUGAUAAAGAAACCUACUGGGGUUAUGCAAUCAAAAUUAAAAUGGAUGACAUUGUUUAUGCUCAUUGUCAUGAAUCAAGUGACCAAUACACAGUUAUACUAAUUCGUAAUGAUGGUAUUCAACUGGCACCAUUUCAUUUCUAUGCUCAAAGUCAUGUUCUUACCUUUUUAAAUUGUUUAGAACAAGGUUUAAGUAAAUUUGGUGGCUAUUUAGAUCCAUCGUCUGAUCUACCAGCCACAUCACCAUGUGGACCGUCGUUUUUCAACAAGUCCUAUCGUCCAUCAAUGCCAUUCAUUUUCGCUAGUCGUAAUUCCUUAAUCCCAUCAACUAUAAAUAAUAAUACUAAUAAUAGCAAUAGCAAUAGUAAAUUAGACUCAUUAAUAUCUCAUUCGUCUACUUCAUUAACUCAAAUGAAUUCAUCUUCUACUGCCUCUACUACUACUACUGCUAUACUGAAAUCAUCUAAAUCAGAUCAAUCCAUACCAUUGACAACAGGAAGUGGUAACAUUGGCAGCGGUAGUGGUGGUGGUGGUGGGGGUAUUAAACAUCGUUUAUAUCUGAAUCUAUUGAAAGCAUUCAAUCAAUUAGAUGAGUUGAAUAGUGAAGAUUCACGUAGAACAAGUAUUUCACCGUCUUUGGAUUCAUCAUCAACUGAAAAAUCUCCUGUUCAGCAUACAUAUCAGAUUGUAUCAAAAACUGGUGGUGUGACAUCACCAAAGUUUAAAACUUCUCCAACAGGAUUUGACUUCAUUAAAACUUCAGUAAUGUCAAGGAAAAUUUCAUUACAAGGCAUUUCAGAAGAAAAUAUUGAUGAUAGCAAUGCUAAUGAUGAGGAUAAUGAAAAUGUUGAAAGUGAUGCUGAGACAGUACGGUUAACAGAGAAACGGACUACUCCUGAUGUAUGCACAAAAUUAAGAAUUAAAAUAUUAUCCCAUGUAUUUCAUAAAUGGUAUAAAUAUUUUAAUAAAAUUCAAAUUGUACGCAAAAAAUUGUCUAAUCUUGUUUCAACAAAUUUACUGACUGUUGAUAGUCCAACUAAUGCUGAAGAAGGUGUGACUGUAGAGUUUUGGAAACAAUUAAUGUCAAACUCUAUACCAAAAAUUACAUUCAAUGAAUUUUGUCGACAUAUAUACUUUGGUAAUUGUGAUCCAACGAUUAGAAAUGAAGUAUGGCCUUACUUAUUGGGUUUAUAUCCAUGGGAUUCAACUAGGGAACAGUUGAAUGUAAUCAAUAAAGAACAAACUGAAAUCUAUACAAAUGCUUUAAAUACAUGGAAUCGUGUUGUUGACUGUUUACAACAAGAUACUAAAUAUGCUAGUUUCCUUGGGAGUAAACCAAUCAAAUGUGAAACAUUUAAUGCUAAGAAUUUUACAACUGAUACUAGUGAAGUACAAUGUAGUCCUGCUAAAGAAGUAAACGGAUUAAACACUUGUGAUACCGUCAAUGUACAACAAACAAAUGGUGUAAUCCAUAGCGAAAUUAAUUCAGUUAAUACCAAUGGCGAUAUUAAAGCUCAUUUGAUGAACAGUGAUGAAAUUCUCAGUGAAACAUCAUCUGAGGUAACAGGAUCAUCAAAUCACUCAAUGGCUGGAAUGAAUUCACUACCACUUGUUGUCAAUGAACUAGAAAAUAAUGCCAGUCAAAAACAAUGUGAAUUUUCUUCAGAUAUCCUGGAUGCAUUCGCUGAUAAUUUAUAUCGAAUCGAUAAAGAUGUUUCAAGAUGUGAUCGAAAUCAUGUCUUCUUCAUGACGCCAAAAAAAUCUCCAAAUUCCAAUUCAAAUGAUUUCAGUGAAUUAAGUACAAAUUUAUAUAAAUUGCGUAAUAUUAUCUCAACAUGGGUAUGGUUAAAUUUAGAUGUUGGUUAUAUUCAAGGAAUGUGUGAUCUUUUGGCGCCUAUAUUAAUUAUCAUGAAUGAUGAAAUUAUAUCAUUUGGAUGUUUCACAUGUUUAAUGCAAUGGAUGUUACCAAAUUUUCCAUUGAUCAAUAAUAACAAUAAUAUUCUACUGAUCAAUCCUCAUCAUCCCCAUCAUCAUCAACAUCAUCGCCAUCAAUAUCUACCAGUGAUGGGAAAUAAUAUGAAUGAGACAAUCAACAGCACAACUGGCACAUCUCCAACAACAACAACCGCAACAACAACAACGACCACGACGAAAACGACGGCGACAACAACAACAAAUCGUAAAACAUUGUUACAGUUAGCUGUGAAAGCAGCUAAACGUCGGACUACUACAGUACACAGUAGAGGAGAUACUGGUGUUGGUGCAGACAUUAUUCAUACUAAACACGGUCUUGUUGAUAAUCCCCCUCAUCAUCAGCAUCAACAUCUACAUUGGUUGAAUAAAACAAAAGAUGAUUCAGUACUACAGUAUACCAGUACAGCGAUGAAUGGAUUAGAUCAUGUCGAUGACAGCAACGACGAUGGUGGAAGUUUAACUUCAAACGAGAUCACUUCACCAUAUGAUAGAAUUUUAUUGAAUACAAAUGGUAUACAAAUGUCAUGUAUGGAUAUGCGAUUUCAUUUCCUUCAAUCGUUAAUAGAAAUUUUUGAUCCAGAAAUGAAUCAGCAUUUAUCGAAAAAAGUACCUGAAGGACAAUUAUUCUUCUCAUAUCGUUGGUUAUUAUUAGAUUUCAAAAGAGAAUUGAAAUACGAUGAUAUAUUUCCUGUCUGGGAAACAAUCUGGGCAUCACGUAGACUGGUGUCGUAUGAUUUUGGUAUAUUUUUUGCAUUGGCUUUACUUGAAUAUUAUCGUGAUAUUAUUAUCUAUUAUGAUAUGGAUGUAACAGAGAUUAUUAGAUUCUAUAAUGAAUUAACUGAACAACAUGAUGCUAUAACAUUGCUUGAAUUGGCGCGCAGCUUCGUUUUUCAAUUACAACAUUUAACGAAUGACCAAUAA